UGACUCUAAUCUGGAAGUGAGGCUUGGAUCUGAGGCGGAAGAAAAAAAGAAAGGAUCAGUUAAGGUCUGAAGCUGACUGUCAUUGAGAUGUAAAGAUGUCAGCCCUUUGUCCUCCACCCUCUCCAGCAGUGGCCAAGACUUUGAUCAGUAUAGAUGGCUAUUCUCCUCUGCUGGCUGCCACAUUUGCUUACUGGGAUAACAUCCUAGGCCCGAGAGUGCGGCACAUCUGGGCCCCGAAGAGUGAUGAGGAGGUGCUCAGCGAUGGAGAAAUUACAUUCCUGGCAAAUCACACUCUAAACGGCGAGAUCCUGAGGAAUGCUGAGAGCGGGGCUAUUGAUGUCAAGUUUUUUGUGCUUUCGGAGAAGGGAGUGAUCAUCGUUUCGCUGAUCUUUGAUGGGAACUGGAAUGGCGAUCGGAGCACAUAUGGCCUCUCUGUAAUACUGCCGCAGACAGAACUGAGCUUCUACUUGCCUCUGCACAGAGUCUGUGUGGCUCGCCUCACACACAUCAUCCGAAAAGGGAGGAUAUGGAUGCACAAGGAAAGACGAGAGAGUCUGCAGCAAAUCAUUGAAGUUCGUGGGGACAACUCUCUCCCUAGUCCACACUACUUCCACUGUCUCCUUACUGGCAUAGUGAAGAAAAACUCUCAACCAGAUAUUAAAGGUCAAAGUAUAAUUCCCAUGCUGACUGGAGAAGUUAUACCUGUAAUGGAGUUACUGUCAUCUAUGAAAUCACACGGUGUUCCUGAAGACAUAGAUAUUGCUACCACUGUCCUUAAUGAUGAUGACAUAGGGGACAGCUGCCAUGAAGGAUUUCUCAGCAAUGCCAUCAGCUCACAUUUACAGACAUGUGGCUGCUCUGUGGUGGUGGGUACCAGCGCAGAAAAAGUGAAUAAGAUGGUGAGGACGCUGUGCCUUUUUCUUUCUCCUGCAGAGCGCAAGUGCUCCAGGUUUUGCAGGUCUGAAUCAUCAUUCAAGUAUGAAUCUGGCUUGUUUGUGCAAGGCCUGCUGAAGGACGCAACUGGAAGCUUUGUGCUGCCUUUCCGCCAGGUCAUGUACGCUCCUUACCCUGCCACUCACAUUGAUGUGGAUGUAAACACCGUUAAACAAAUGCCCCCGUGCCACGAACAUAACUACAACCAAAGACGUUACAUGAGAGCAGAGCUGGCAGCACUGUGGAAGGCCACGUCAGAUGAAGAAAUGGUGGCAGAUUCUGUCAUCCACACAGAUGAAAGUUUCACCCCUAACUUGAAUAUUUUUCAAGACAUCCUACACCGGGACACAUUUGUCAAAAACUUCUUAGAUCAGGUAUUCUAUUUGAAGCCAAACUUAUCUCUCAGGAGAACAUUUCUGGCGCAGUUUUUGCUGAUACUUCAUAGAAAAGCUCUUACGCUAAUAAAAUACAUUGAAGAUGACACACAAAAGGGGAAGAAAGUGUUCAAAUCUCUGCGCAGCUUGAAAACCGAUCUUGAUCUGACAGCAGAGGGCGAUCUCAACAUAAUUAUGGCUUUAGCUGAAAAGAUCAAACCAGGACUUCACUCUUUUAUUUUUGGGAAGCCUUUUCUCACAAGUAUGCAGGAGCGUGAUGUACUAAUGACAUUUUAACACUUACUCUCCACUGGAAAGGACCUUUGGGAUUGGGCAGCAUUCUGGGGAUCCUAGGGCUAUGAAAAUAUAUUUUUCACUUGUUCUAUGUGGUUGAUGCAGUUCUGCUGGUAGUAGUAAUACCUGUGAUUUUUAGCAUUUAAAUCACAAGCUAAUAUGUCAUCAUUGUGUUUCUGUUUUGUACAGCAUGUAUACAUUUUGUUGCAGACAUCCAACACCACUGUAAAAAUAUCUAAACCUGUGCAUGUGCAGGUUGUAUUUCUUAAAUGUGAACAAACUUGACUACCAAGUUAAAACUCCAA